UGAUUACACUGUGUUUCCUACUGGUGAUGCGUGAAUUCAACAAUUGAAUAAUAGAACUGAUAAACCAACGACCCAUCCCUUAAAUGUAUUAUUACUAGCGUCAUGAUCAAGUGGUUAAAAGCAAAUUCGUGCUUGGACUUGAUACCAAGUUGUACCAGUUACGCCUUAUUUUUGAUUCUCGAAGAGCACCAAGUUAUUAUGAAUAGCUUCAAAACAUUAUUGGAGUAAUAGGGAGAAGAAUCAACUGUAGCUUACUGCACGUCUGUCUACUGUGGUACUUUAACGAGUUCGACGUUAGUUACUAAGCUUAUUCGAUGAGAAGUUACCCCAUUAAAAUCAUCUAUUGUUCAAAAUACAAAUUUGUUUACCUUUUUAUUAUUAACUUAUGGUGAUAAUUAAUAUAUUAUUUUUUAAAUGUUAUCACGAUAUCAAAUCAAUACUAAAAUGAGGAUCAUUAGUGUAUUUUUAUUUAUAUUGAUUAUUAUUAAUAUUAUCAAAGCAGAUUUUGUUCCAAAUGAACGAACGCGGUCGAAAAAGAGUAUCGAUUUCAAUGAUGUUCUUAAACAACCAGCAUUUAGAAUGCCCAGAAGUUUUAAACCAUAUAAUUAUGAAUUGGAAAUUCAUCCAUAUACUAUCAAUGAUACGUUUCGAGGACGAGUUCAAAUUUUUGGGGCUUGGACUUCGGAUGGAUCACGAAUAAAACUUGAUGCUGAUCAUUCUCUUCAUAUUAUUCACGUUCACGUCGAAUGUUUAAGUCCCAAUAAUACGAAGCCUAUGGAAGUAGCAGGAAUUGCACAAUACGAGCACAAUGAUAAGAAACCGGAGUUCAACAUUGACCUAGAACAGUGGUUUACAAUUGGAAGAAAAUGUAAACUUGACAUAAAUUAUACUGGUAAUAUAACAAGCAGUGAAUCUUAUGGACUCUUUACAAAUUCAUUUUUAGAUACCAAACAUGAAAUGCAACGUACGAUUGUUAGCACAUUUAUAGCGACUCACCUGCGUCUUGACAAUGCAAGAAAGUUAUUUCCAUGUAUCAAUGAACCAGAGUAUAAAGCAACAUUUCAACUUAUUGUUACCCGUCCAAAACAUAUGAUAUGCAGAGCCAAUACACCGGUGUACAGAACAGUAGAGGUGCCUGGAAAUUCGAAUCUGAUGAGAGAUAUUUUUGAAAGAACACCUCCUAUGUCAACUUAUCAGCUUGCCUUCGCAAUAUUUGAUUUUAAAAGUAUUUCUCCAACGCUUUUGGUAAAUCCUAUUGAAGGUCAAAGUCCGCUGGAAGUUAAAGUAUGGGGAAGAAAAGAUUUUCUAAGCUCUUUAGAAAAAGUUCCGAACAAAGUUGUGACAAUAAUGAAUUAUCUUCAAAACUAUUUCAACUAUUCUAUUGGUUUAUCAAAGUUGGAUCUCGUAGCCAUGCCUAUGUACGGUGCUACUAGAGCUUCUGAUAAUUGGGGUUUAAUGUUUUUCAAAGAGAGUGAACUAAGUAGUCCAUUGAUUUGGAACACUGUAUAUGAACUAAUUUAUCAGUGGAUUGGUCAGCAUGUCACCCCUUAUAGAUGGAGUGAUGCGCAGAUUAAUAAAGCACUAAACUCUUUUUUAGCUUCGAAAAUAACAGUUGAUAUUGACCCAAACGAGAUGGAAGGAAAAUGGCCAAUGACACUUCUCUACUCUCUAUACUAUGAAUUUGGGAAAACCUUGCCAUUUUCAAGAGUAGCAGGUAUUAGACAUGAAGCAACAUCGGCAAAAAUUGAACUAGUGUUUCGUAUGUUUAACUAUACACUAGGAGAAAAAGUUUUUCAAAAAGGUGUUCAAAAGUUCAUUCACGAGUCAGCUAAAAAUCACAGUUUUUAUGGAAAUGAUAUUUUUAAUUAUCUGGAUACAGUAAGAAAAGAAAACAAUAUUACCCUUCCAAAUGAUUUGACCAUCAGUAGUAUUGCAGCGCCUUGGAUAAACAGAGACCGUGUGCCGAUAGUAACGGUAAAUCGUGAUUACGAAACCGGAAAUAUUAACUUGACUCAGGCUGUUUUUCUACGAGAACCACGACCAACUUCUAAUGAAAAAAUGUCUUACCAGUGGGAUAUUCCAAUUACUAUAACUUCCCAAAAUAACUUAAAUUUUUCUCAACUGCAACCAGCACUGUGGCUAUCAAAGAAUGAUCUCACAACAACACAUAAGGAUCCUGCGUCUAAGGACAAGUUCAUCAUUGUUAAUCCUGAAGAAAUAGGUAUGUUUCCGGUUAAUUACGAUUUAUGUAAUUGGAAUUUGUUAAGUGAGUUCCUUCAAGGUCCUCAAAGAGAAAUUAUUCCCGCCUUAACUCGUGCUAAACUUCUACAUGACGCUUGGAAUAUUGCUUAUGCUGGUAACAUUUGUUUUAAAGUUGCAUUAAAUAUGACAUUAUUUUUGAAAAAUGAAACAAGCCAUGUCGUUUGGGAGCCAUUCUUCACUAUGAUUGAUCAUGUUGGAAGAAAAAUUCAAGUAUUAGGGCACGUUUAUCCUACUUUUGAAGCAUACGUCUUCAGUCUACUUGAGCCUCUCUACAAAAAUCAGCUCGGAGAAACUCCGCAAACUGAUGAACCUUCAUGGAAAACACACAUGAGAGGAUUAGCUAAAAAUUUUCUAUGUCGUGCAGGAUAUCGUCCUUGUAUAAAAGAAGCUAAAGAACAAUAUAAAAAAUGGAUGGAAGAUAAUGAACCUGAUAAAGGAAACCCUGUUGCAAAUGAAUAUAUUUGCCCUGUAUUCCGAUGGGGUACGAUGGAAGAAUGGGAAUUUGGACUACAACGAGCGAUAAACUUCCCAAAAAAUACUGAGAGGAAACAAAAUGAACGAACGUAUUUACUAAAAACUUUAGCUGGUUGUCCGUUAGAUCAAAGGAAAAUUGAAAGAUUAUUGAAUGUAACUAUUUUAGAUCAAAAUUCAAAUUUCACAGACUCAGAUAUUCAGUUAAUUUACAGUACCUUAAGUGGUAGUACCACCGGAACUGUAAUUUUGUUUGAUUUUCUUGUACGUCAUUGGACAAUAACAAAAGAAGCUUUCGGGAAAAAAGAACAUCUUUGGAAUGGUAUUAUUAAUUCAGCCACAUCAUUCAGUACUCAAGAAGGAUAUGAUAGAGUAUCUCAGCUCUAUGAAGAUCGUCAAAAAAAAGGAGAUUCGGUUGCUGCUGUGCUCGGAGAUAUUAUGGUCGACUUAGAAGAAAAAGUAAAUUGGCAUAAUGAAAAUCUUCCUGCUAUAGGGAAUUGGUUGAAUAGUCAUGUUAAAAAACGUCCCUCAGCACUUAUGACUUUGAGUACAGAAUCAUAAUGUACUAAUGAGACAUGAAAAUUAUAUCAAGAAAAGUAAGAAAAAAUAUAGAUAGGACCAAAAUAAGAUAUUUAAGUACAAUGUGUGUAUAUAAUAAGAAUUAGCAAAAAAAGUAAAUCUGAAAAAAACAUCUUAUUAUUCAAACGGAUACAAUCGAGUAUGUAAAAUAUUAUUUAAGUAAUUGAACAAAGAAAUAAAUAAA